GGAUAAUGGAGUAAUAUUGUCUACCGUCCAUGAAAGAGGUCUACAAAAAAAAGGCGAUUUUUAUUGUUAUUUCCCCAGCCACCAAAUUAUUGAUAACAAAAGGUUUAGAUACGAGCUUUUUUUUGGAGAAACCUCAUAUGGACCUAACAGACCGAAUAAUGUCGCCCAUAUAGAAGAGAAUCGAAUUCGAUUAAUGAAACUGGGAAAUUGUUUUUUUAGUUCUUAUUUUAAAUAUAAACAUGAUUUUGACGAGAGAUCAUUUAACGGAGAAGUUAAUUUGUUUUUUCUACAAUCCCAUGGUUACAACUUAACAUUUUCAAUUAUGGAUUAUGAAUUUUAUCCCUUUUAUCGAGUCCGCAGUGUAGAAAAUGUUAUUUUACCAAUCGAAUCAGGACCAAACUUAUUAUGUGAAACGCAAAAUUUGUUUAAAGUAUUAUAUAAUUUUCAGCAGAGAUUAAAAGAGAUGGUCACACUUCUGGACAAAAUGGAUAAAACUGCCCAAUAUGAUGGGCCCAAAACCCCAAAUUCUAACUUCAAAGUUCAAAUAG